AUGGAUCCAAUUAGAGCACCUAUGAGAGAGCUUCUUUUGGAAAUAUCCGGCUCUGACAAGAACUGGAUUUACUAUUGUGUGGUAUCAUUUUUUAUUAUUUCUACACUGGGAGCAACUGUUCUUUCAGCCGGUUUUUUGGUUUUAUCCGUGUAUUUUUGGACGCAUUUUAGAUCGAUAAGAUUCUUCUGGUUUCUAACACAACUAACUACGUCAACUUUUAUAAUUUCUGCUUCCAAUCUGUUCAUUAAUAUUCCAGCCGCCUUAUCCUUAUUUCCAAAAGAAGUAACCCAAUCAGAGCUAUUUUAUUUCGUUUCUUAUCUUAUUGAUUUUUGUCAUUAUUCCAUUAUUUUUUCAAACUUGGUAAUUGCUGUUCAACGGGGUUUUGUGUUUUUUCUACGGAACUUGACUGAGCAGUUAUUUGAGUCCAAAAUAAUAUACAUUUGGCUGGCAAGUAUAUACAUUUUCUCGUUUGGUGUAGAAUUUACAUUAAUGAUUUCAAAUUGUCAAUAUAGAUUUGGGGAAACUGCUUCGGGAAAAUAUUCGGGAAAUUCUGGAAAAUAUCAACUAAUUUGUGAAACUGUUGGUUAUGGGAAUAUUAUUAUUUCAAUGGCAACACCGGCUGGAGUUCAACUAAUGGAAACUGUUCUUCAAAUUGGUAUACCGAUAUUUAUAUUAUGUAUAUAUUUUGCAAUAAUCACAAAAAUAGUAUCUAUGAAAGGAAGUACACUGAGCAAAAAUGAAACUUUAUUUCUGAAACAAGCUAUGUUUGUUUUUAUUAUUUUCCAGGCAUCGUCUUGUGUAUUUUUAUUUGCUCAAUCUGUGCAAAUUACUAAUGUCGGAGCUUUUCUGGUCAAGCGGUUUGUUAACACGAUGGAAAUACUUGCCGGAGCUGCCACACCUUCAUUUUUCUUCCUCACGUCAAAAGAAAUACGAAAACUGAUUUCUACUAAAGUUUCAGCUGUCAGUUCACAGGGAUCGUCGAACAUUCAAGUUAGAGCUGCGAGGUUCUGA